AUGUCUUCUGCCUGGGCCAGAGGCCAUGCGCUUACAGGUUUGGAUCCUCUUGGACAAGAAAAUGUAGGGAAUAGCGUGUUGAAAGUUGAUCCUGAGAGUGCCUAUGCCUUGCUCGCGCCUGGGGUAUCUUACUUUGACUUCCAUGCGUGCUUGGUCAGGCAUAACUUGCGGGAUCAAGUGUGGGGAGACGUGCCUGAUGUCGGUGGCAGUUCGGUUAUUGGGAAUAUGCUCGAAAGAGGCGCAGGAUAUACUCCAUAUGGUGAUCACUGCGGACAAGAGCAAGCCGCCCAUGAACAGGAACCAAACGAGAGCCGGCAGUUAUUUGACUAUGGUCUCGGUCCGCAGAGUGGUAUAUUGUCUGAGUCGCCUCUUGGAAUAAUCGUGAGAAUGGGAAUCUGGCUUAUGCCUAACCCUGGCGGGUAUCAGGCGUACAUGAUUACCUUUCCCAGGGACAAUGACUUGGAUCAGAUUUUUGCCGCCCUGCAGCCACCGCACCAAAUACACAAUUACACCGAUUCCAACAAGCUGCUAACCGACCUCAACAAGAUCGCCGGCGCCAAGUUCUAUUUCCCCGAAGAUCGUCCCAACGACAUCGCUCUACAAACCCGAAGCGAUACAAUGCAACGGACCCCAUUCACAACCGAGCUUGGAUUAUUGUCCUGGCUUCCCAACAGCGGACAUCUAUUCUUCUCCCCAAUCACCAAAAUAACUGGACCCGAUGCCAAAGCACAGGACGACAUCACUCGCCGCUUAAUCGAGGAAUACGGCUUCGACUUUAUUGGCAAAGAUCCCGAUUCGAGACGUCGGGCUUAUGAGCUUAUCCAGGUUCUGACCGCGGAGGCGGCAGACCGGGGAUGGGGUGAAUAUCGCGCUCAUCUCGUGCUGAUAGACCAGAUUGCCGAAAUUUACAGCUUCAAUGGCAAUGCUCAGAUGAAAUAAAACGAGACGUUGAAGAACACGCUUGAUCCGAAGGGGGUCUUGUGUCCUGGAAAGAAUGAUGUUUGGCCUGCCAAUUACCGUAAGG